UCUUCGCGCCUUCCAGCGAUGUGUGGCUAGGAAAUUCGGCUUUUCAAGCUCGGCCGCCGAGAAAAGUUCGGGAAAGUCAGUCGGAUUGCACCAGCUCAAAUUCUCAUUCCUUCCUCCAACCUGACAACGACAACCCCCCAUCCCAACACCCAGAGUCAACCGGCACCACCAGACACAAUGGCACCCAAGAAGAACAAGAAGGAUGCGAACUCGCUCAACUCCAGGCUCGCCCUGGUCAUGAAGAGUGGAAAGGUCACCAUUGGCUACAAGUCCACCCUCAAGAGUCUGCGAUCCGGCAAGGCCAAGUUGGUUAUCAUUGCAGGAAACACUCCGCCAUUGCGCAAGAGUGAGCUGGAGUACUACAGCAUGUUGUCCAAGGUCGCAGUCCACCAUUUCUCGGGCACCAACAUCGAACUUGGUACAAGUCUGGGAAAGCUGUUUCGCUGUUCUACCAUGGCCGUCCUUGACGCUGGUGACUCCGACAUCCUUUCCGACCAGCAGUCGUAGAGAGAGCACCCUGGUAUGUCAACGGAUGGCGUUGCGGUUUCUGGUCUGAGGUAAAAUGGACAUGCUUCGUCGUUCUGCCGGUUUACGCGAUUUGAGCAGACUUGUGCGUUGCAGCAAGGAAGGUCUUUACGUCAGUCAUGACUGGGAAAUAUCAUGGCCAUUCGCAGAUAGGGACAAUCUAGUACCCGCACUUUACUAGGCGUUGGCUGAAUGAAACAUACGUGAUACCCAAUGGAAGUUGUUUUUUUUCAGCGAGACGAAUCCUUUUGACGCUACUGCUUGCGAAAGUGAAUUAGAAUGUAGAUCAAUUGCCAUGGACCAC